AUGGCUGAAUCUCAACAAGAAGAUGAAACUUUCGUGAAUCAAACUUUGGUAUCUGAAACCGAAGAGGAGAGCGAAGAAUUUGAACAAGUAGAUAUCCAAGAAGCUUUCGAAAAACAGACAUCUGAAAAUGAAGAAGAUAGUGAUGAUUUCGAACGAUUGGAAUUGAUGUUUCAGAAUUUGAUGAUAGUUCAUCGUCCUUCACUAUCUAAUAAAUCAAUCCUUUCUAAGCGCACACCAAUAAUGUUAAACAUUCAUCCUACAACGUCUAUUGAACCUCUUGAAAAAGUAAAAAUAGAAGUUCCUAAAAUGGUCGAGCUAAGAAAAAGUCUUUCAGAGCAAGAAAAAGAAAAUGCAGAGCUUGAGGCAAAACUCAAGGCAACUGCAGAACGACGUAAAGAACUUGAGAAACAAUUAGAAAAAAAACUUGAAGCACAGGAGAGAGAGAAUGCAGAAAUUGAAGCGAAGCUUAAAGCGGCUACUGAACGACGAAAAGAACUUGAAAGAUUGAUAGAGGAAAAGCUUAGGGCUCGAGAUCAACAAGAAUUGGAAGAAGCAAAUGAAUCAAAAUAG